GUUGUCAUGGCGACCAGGCGGACGCGGUGCCAAUCCAACAUGGCGGCGUAGCGGAGAGGAUCGGAGAUUUCUGUCGCUUUCUUUGAUUUUUCUGCACGAAAUGUUUAGUUCUUUGUAGUUUUUGUUGCGCUGGUUGAUUCUUCAAUAAGCAGAUUUCAGGCCCGUGUGAUGAUCGUUCUCCGCACCAUGCCAGCUCGCGGCCCGACCAUCGCUGAGCGGGAAAAUCUCGCCAACAUCCCCAACCCGAGUCGGUCAGGUUUCACCCCUCGACCAAUCCAAAGGCUGGCCACCAUCAAACCGCCGCGUACCGCCACCAACAUCGAAAUCAACCACAAGCUGCGAACGUCUGUCGAGGAGUCUACGCCGAGAUUCGAGCCCCCGCCCACAUUCCAUCUAUGGCAGGAGGUCGGCUGGCAUGAGCCCAUGAUGCCCCCCAAGCAGGCGCGUGACUACAACAGCAACGUGUGGCGGAACUUCACUGCUCUCCAUGGUUACCACAUCCGGGCUACGCCCAAGCAGGGGCUGAACGACACUGUGGCGGCCAUGUACCCGAUCAACCUGCCGCAGGCCUCGCACAUGGGCCGCAACACGUUCGCCAAGUACGUCGGUGAGAGCCGCACGAUGGUUCGCGACGCGGGUCAGCGCAGGGAGGUGGUCCUGAAGCUUCAGCAGCAGCUGGAGGAGUUCCGGAGGCUCCGCAUCGAGAGCGAGAUGCGCCGGCCGCCCGUGGACGAACUCGGGCGCAUCCUGCCGCCCGAGGCCUUCAAGCAGUACCCGCGGCACACGGACGUGGCCUCGACCUCGGGCCCCACCACCCAGAGCAUCUACGACUCGACGCUGCGUACGUACACGCGGCAGCACCCAGGCACGCGGAUCGGGGACUCUCGCAGCGAGACGUCGGCGCACAGUACCGGUCUGAACCGCCGGGGGGCGCCGCUGGUCACCAAGCUGUCGUACAGCCAGAACCACCCACAGUACCAGAAGGUCAUCGAGGAACAGAAACUGAUUCAGGAGUGGAAACGGGCCAAACGGGAGGCGGAGAAGGAUGCACGGACUGCAAAACUUUUAUAACUGA